AUGAAAAAUUUAGAAAGUUUUGAAAGCAAUGAAAAAGAUUUAAAGAAUAUCCUUAACAUGAGAACAGAUGAAUUAACUAAGAGUAAUAAGAAUUCCGAAAAAAUAAGAAAUGACAUUGAACAUCUUACGAAUAUCAAUAAUGAAUUAAAUCGUGAGAUGGAAAAUAAAAAUGCAUCUAUUGCUAAACUUUCUAYCGAAAUAAAAGAUCUAGUUGAAUUAGUAGAAUCGUAUAAAAGAGAAAAUAUGGAGUUGAUUGAGAAAUUAGAAAGAUUGAAAAUAAAUGAAACAAAUUUAAAUGUUAUGCUCAGUAAGAAAAUGGAUGAAUUUGUGGAGAAUAAUAAAUAUAUAGAAAAAAUGAAAACCGAGGCGGAACAUCUAGCGAAGGCUUGUAACAAACUGAAUUACGAAAUGGAAAAUAAAGAUGCACGCAUUUUAGAAGUUACCAAUCUGUUACAAAACAAAUCUGACAUGUUAGACGAAUAUAAAAUAAAAUUAGAAAGCAUUACACCGGAAUAUGAUGUUUUAAAGAAACAACUUAAAGAAGAAAAAUUAAGCGUACAUAGAUAUAAAUCAGAAUUGGAAAGUUUGAAAGUAAACAGUGAAACGCAUUUGGAAAAUUUGAAGGAAACAUUAAAUAUAAAAAUUACUAAAUAUGAAGAACUAAAUAAACAGUUUGCAGAUUUGAACAGUCAAAAUGUUAUUCUACGUACAGAAUUAGAUUCAUUGAGAAAACAAUAUACUGAAUUAGAGGAAAAAAAUACGAAAUUGUAA